UAAAGUCCCUUCCUUACUCAAUCCAAUCAUUCUCUCUCUCUCUCUCUGGAAUUGGAAUUAGAUCUCACUUUCUCUCUCUACAAACAAAACAAAACAAAGAAUCCCAAUUCAUUUUCCUAUUCCUGUUUCCAUUUUUCUAAAUGCACACAUAAUAAUGCCUACUCUCCACAAAUUCAAGCUCUUAGCCACACAAUGCGCCGUCGCCGGCAGCCCCACCCGCAGCCCUACCACCAGCCCCGUCAUCCACCUCCGCCGCCGCAGGACCCUCCGCAUGUUCCUCGCUCGCCCCCUCGACCGCCGCCGUUUCCAUCCCCCUCCCCAAGAUCCGCCCGAAAUCGCCGACAACGAGGUACGAGUCCGCCACAAACUCAAGGACCUCUUCGUCUCCUCUCCGCCGCCGCCGCCGCAAGACGACAAGAGCUUCCAAGAACAUCAACAGCAACGGCAGGAUCAGCAAGAAGAACUCUUCCCUGCCUCCACCAUCGGCGUCCGGUUCCGGACAGGAUCUCCGUUCCGUCGCAGCGCCGCCACCUCUCUCCGGCCGAUAUCGUCGGCGUUCCGGUACCGGUUACUGAGAAGAGCUUGGCGACCGGUACUGGUCACCAUCCCUGAGUAGUAGUUUCUCUCUGCUGUGAUAACUGUACGGAUGAGUUAAGUUCCUAAUUUUUUUUCUUUUGUUUUAUUUAUUUAUUAUUUUCACUUUUGGAGAAAUAAUAAUAAUAAUAAUAACAAUAACAAAUAACAAUAAUAAUUUUAUGUCAUGGACGCUAACGUGCGCGGUGUGCGUUUCAGCAUUUCUGGUAGAGAGGUAACGUAACUAACGUUUGGCGCGUUGCGAGUAUGACGGAACAGUGAUAUACGUUAUGAUGCGAC